GUUGGCCGCACGCCGCGCAGCGCACAUGUCGACCGCCAGCGCUGAAGCCCCACAAAUACGCGCGUGAAAAUACAUCCUCCCCAUACAUGAAAAAUUAAGAAAAAAAUCCUUGGAUAAUCCAAAGACGCCAGCACGUCAAAGGCUUUUCAAAAAAAGGUGUUCCAUUUUUAAAUCUCCCUCGUCGGGCUUAUUCGGAAAAUUAUGAAAGUGAUGUGAAACGUAGGUGUUUCUCUUCAGAGUACGUUCAGCGCUUACUCUGUAUUUUUUCUAGUGACUACAAAAGCUAUUGUUUGCGUUUUGCUUGAAUUGAAGCACAAAAAGUAUACUAUUUUCAGUGUUUUGUUCUAUUGAAUGAGAAGUGUGUUGAAAAAAUAUUACAUAAAAGUGGAUUGUUCAGUUUUAGUAAAGGAAAAGCAGCCGAGUAAUUCAGUUAGAUGUAUGUUCUACAUAAUAUACAACGGGACACAACAUGACGGCAAAGUUCGGCUAUGUUACCACAGCUUGCCGUCUCUGCGAAGAUAUUGUGCCUCCUGAUGGUGGUGAUCUGCGGUGCGGUGCCAUCGAUGGUCCGGUCGGUUCGCCUCUACAGCCAGUGCUCCCAUAUGUACGUCAACGUGUUUCCAAACGGUACCAUCAUGGCUCGCUCCGAUGGAAACGACCAGCCGAAUCUCACCAUCAGUACGCGCGGCUUCAGCCUCGAGCUGCUCAUCCACUCCCCCGUGCAGAACAUGUACCUCUGCUUCAACCGCUCGCGAUUAGUGGGCAGGCGAUUGACACGCUUCCAAGCGGAGAGACAACCAAACUGCCUAUUCAAAGAGGAAUUUGUGGACGGCUACAACAGAUACCACCUGGUGAAGAACGAAGACCGCUACAUAGGGUUCAAUCGGCGGGGCCUGCAGAUGCGGCGUGGCAAGAGCCGCACCACGGAGCGGCAGCACAAGUGUUUCUCCUUCAUGAAGGAGGCCCACGACUUCGAUAUAAACUGGCACAACACAGUGAUCGCCGGCGACAUGCCCAAGUGGCGCCCGCAGCGUAGGCCCCGGCCGGCGCUGCAGAACUCCAUCAAGCCGCCGUGCCACGGCACGCGCCACCACCACGGCAGGCAUCAGAGGCGGAGGAACUGCGACGGCACGUAGGCCGCGCGACCUCACCGCAUUAGCAGCUCAUUUACGCUUCAACGCUUCGCGCGUUCCGUUGCCAGCUGUCGAUGGACAUUGUGAGUGGACAGAGUAUUAGUCAACUAUCGCAGUAUUAUUACAGUGACGUGGACUGGAUAGCGUUAGGUUAGCUCGGCCGCGGUGGCCGCGGCGUUUCAAACGCCGUAUGAAUGGUAGCUGAAGCGAGAGAGCAAACAUUUGAAUGGAGAAAAAAACGCCGAGCCGGGACGACGUCCGGAGCUGUGAAAUUCCAUAAGGUCGUGUAACAUCGUGGCGCUCGUUUGCUCUUGUGCCGGACUCGUGCUCUAAAAGGAAAAAAGGUUUUCUGUGGAAAGAGCAAAUAGUAGUCUCCCGGGUCACGAGUACUGGGCCGGACCACCGCUGCAGUGAGGCCGCGUCACCGCCUCGCGCCACUCGGCAUCGCGUCACCGGGCUGCAGACCUCGUGUGCUCCGGCUGGCCGCCAUCAGUGUAGCAAAACGCCUUUACGUCAAUUCUCAGUGUGUUAUUAUUUAAAACGCUUUACUAUUAAGUACGGAUCGUGUUAUCUGCUUGUAAAUAUAAUAAAAAUAAUUUGUGUUUACUUAUUUAUCAAACAAAAGUUAAUCAAAAAUUUGUAAACGUAGGUGUUAGAUGUAAAGUUGUAUUAAAAUGUUUUGUAUUUAAUUAUGGGUAUUUAAUCUAUCCGACCAACCGCUCUCUUGUGAUUAGCCACAGUCGCUAUGACCUAGUUUUCUUUACUAACUCCAUGUACUGAAACUUUUCCUUACUAAUGUUCAAUUGAAUAUAUUUUCCGGUCGAUAUGUGAAUUUGAUUGUAUGAUUUCGAGCGCUUUGUAUAUAUUAUUUUAAGAGUUUGUAUGAGAGUGAUAGGUAUUUGAAUCUCUUUUGUCGAAAUCUUCGAUUUCUGACGAUUCUUGAUGAUGUUUUGUUGAGUAAUAAAGUUGCCAGUUUUAGUGUCCGUAAGAGCUGAAACAUAGAAGUCGUCAGUAUCGAGUGUUCCGCUGUUAUCCAUAUGUUGUCACCGUAAAUACAUGUAAAGGACAUUUAUAAUCUUAAUAUUUUAAUAAGAUCUGUGCCAUAUUGUGGUGGCAGUGUAUCUAUGUGUUCGCAUUAUAAACUAGUGUAUUAAUUUUUGUCUGUAAACUUGAAGUAGAUAAAAAUAUUUACCUUAAGAAAAUAUUACAGAUUUUAUUCUACUGUGCAGUCAUUUUCAAAGGGAUCAUAUGGAUCAUGACGUAAUUUUCUUAUUUAAGCAGUAUUCAAAUGUUAUUUUAGUGAAAAUAGAAAAUUUGUUGACACCAAAUUAUCUUAAAAUGCCCACCCUAGAACAAAUGCGUAGAACACUAUAUUCCCAUUGAAAAUGAUUGCAAAGACCAUCUAAAAAUUUAGUGAAAAUAAUAUUUGUAUCAUGUACCCGUUGUACUUUCAACUCAAAAGUAAAUAUAUCGACUAAUGUGGAACAUUAUAGGCGAGUGAGUAACCUGCAGAAUGCGAUAACGGAAUAACUAGCAAGGUUUUUCAACUUUAUACUUUAGAGAUUUUAUAUGAGUCAUUAACUUCUUAGCACCAUUUGCAAAAAGCAAUAACAAAGACGAACAAAAUGUUGCUCACUUGUAAUAAUGUUCGACAUUCAACAAAAUUGUUGCGAAGCCGUUGUCACCAUUCAGUCAAUGUACUAAGAUAUUUUGCUUUACAUUCCACCAAUAUACUAUAUAAUAUAAUACAUAGAAGACAAACCGUAAAAGACAUUAAAACAUUCCAAACAAUGUAUAAAAUAGUUUACAAAAUAUGCGCUUAAAUACAUAAUAAAAUUGUUUUAAUAACUCGACACUGUCGUAUGUAUUACUGUGUCUAAUUAUAAGUAUUCAGAUGCUGAGAACGAAAUAUAAUUGCUAAGAAAAAUUACGAAAUUAAAUCAUAUUUAACUCGCA